UCCGGAACUCUCCCUCGCUCUCGCCCGCCCAGCGCCCCCCCGUCUUUGUGAUGUGUGCAGCAUGCACGACGGCGACGUGGUGCCGUGCGUGCGCCAGUCCAUUUCCUGAGCGGAGCCCGGCGUGGGGUGGAUUCUUCGUGUUCGCGUCAGAAUAACGGCAGCCCAGCGCCAGCAGCACAGCACUCUCGUCGCUCGCCUUUCCCCAACUUUUCUCCCCCACUCCGCCAGACGGACGGCCACUCGCCUCCCUCGCUGAAGCCUUCAACUGCCUCUACGCUCUCUCUCGCCAAUCCUUCCCACCCCACCGAUCGCUCCUGAAGCGGCUCAACUGCCUCCGGAUUUUCUCGAGGCUGAAAUUUUGGUGUCCUGCUCCAGCCAUGGGUAGCAGGAGAUACGACAUCGAUACGAGGAGAUGUGGGAUUCACUCAGCACCAACUAAAUCAAUGUAUCUGGAUGCUCAACAAGUUGUCAACUGCCAAGCCACAGUGAGAGACCACGAUGUUGGUUCCUGCGCUGUGAAGCAUCACUUCCCGUCUCCAAUUGUAUCUUGGAUAGAAGAUCUUUCAAGCUUUGGCAAUGCUUCUUUUGGCCCUGACUCUGAGUAUGUGGAUGAGCAAGCCAGAGCUUCGGUGGGACAGUCUUCGACAUCAAGUAAUUUGCAUGACAUGCAAAUAUCAGUGAGAUUGACAGACGAAUUCAUGGAGCUUGCAAAGGAGAAUACAAGCAAAAAUCUAGAGACUUGUGGAAUUCUUGGUGCUUCAUUUAGGGAUGGAACUUACUUUGUGACAAUGUUGAUUAUACCGAAGCAAGAAGGAACUGCUCACUCAUGUCAGGCCGUUAGUGAGGAGGAGAUACAUGCCGUGUUAUCAGAGCAGUCACUUUACCCUGCAGGAUGGAUUCAUACUCAUCCUUCACAAACAUGCUUUCUAUCAUCGAUCGAUUUGCAUACUCAGUACUCUUACCAGGUUAUGCUACCAGAGGCUGUUGCAAUUGUGGUCGCACCCACAGAUCCAACCAGGAGUUAUGGAAUAUUCAGGCUGACUGAUCCUGGAGGGAUGGAUGUGCUUAGGGAGUGUGAUGAAAGUGGGUUCCACACUCACCGAGAGACAACCAAUGGCAGUCCAAUCUAUGAAACCUGCUCGAAAGUGCACUUCAACCCCAAUUUGCGGUUUGAGAUUGUUGACCUGCGCUCUGGUCAAUGAUCAAUGGAGCUAAAGCUAUAGCAGCAUGUGCUUCUUUAUGCUCCCUCUUUGGCAGAAUUACAUACCAUAGAGCUUGUUGAAUGCCUGAUAGGUAUAGUGGUAGCACCAAACCGGAACCAAGAUGCUCAUGGUACUUUCUGUCAUAUGGUGAUAGCACCAAACCUCUGGCAUCGUCGCUGGUAUUCGUCAGAAGAAAGGAGUAAUUGAAAACUAGCACUGGUUGUCUUCAAUCUGGCUGUUCGGUCUGCCUUUGAGCUGGUAUUGUAAGUAGUACUGUAUAUAACAUACAACUGGGGCUAAAAUACACUAAUUAACUUGGUCUGGAGUCUGGACUGAAGUGUGAUUGUAACAUAGCGGUCGACUGUGGCACAGCCAAAUUACUUGCUGAUUUGUCAGUGAUCGAAGUAUGAAAAAUACACUAAUUUGGCAGUUCCCAAAUUAUGAAAUAA